AUGGAAACUCUUAGCGCGCAAAACCCCUGGUAUUGCAAACAGUGCGAGCAGCACCGACAGGCAUACAAGAAAUAUGACUUUUGGCGUUUACCCGAGGUCCUUAUCAUUCACCUUAAGCGUUUCCGUACAACAUUCCCUAUGCAGAGAAUCAACGAAUUCGUGGAUUUCCCAGUUGAAGGCCUCAAAAUACUUAAUUCGGGGCACAUAUAUGACCUUGUUGCCGUCAGCAAUCACUUCGGUGGACUCGAGGGAGGACACUACACUGCGUAUGCUAAGAACCAAGACGACAAACGCUGGUACAAUUUCGACGAUUCUUAUACCCGUCAGCUAUCCAAAAGUCGUGUAGUAGUACGUUUGUUACAUUUUGAUGCAUGCUGUUCACUUGAAUGA